CGAUGACCGUGACCGUGAUCGCUACGGUGGCAACACAAGGCUGUACGUGGGGCGUCUCUCUUCGCGGACCCGCACACGGGACCUUGAGGACCUCUUCGGCAGAUAUGGGAGGUUUUGGGGGCUUACCCAACCUCGGUGUCCAUGGUGGGAGGGUGCCCUUGGUGGAAUUGGUGGCUAUUGUCAGCAAAGUUUCUAGCUGACUUUGGCGAUUGUUUUCAAAAAUCUAUUUCAUGUUUUAACGGAAACCACAAUCUUGCUGCCUGGUGAUACAUUUAUCUACUUGCAUCUUGAUGGUGUUGCUGUUUCUGGAAACCAUUUCCGCAGAGUGCGAUAUGUGGACAUGAAGCAUGAAUUUGCAUUUGUUGAGUUCAGUGAUGCCAGGGAUGCUGAUGAUGCAAGGUACAACCUUGACGGUCGGGACUUCGAUGGAAGCCGAAUGAUUGUUGAGUUUGCUAAAGGGGUUCCACGUGGCCAAGGAGGAUCCCGUGACCGUGGUGGUGACCGUGAAUAUAUGGGUCGGGGACCUCCUCCUGGAUCUGGCCGCUGCUUUAACUGUGGGAUUGAUGGGCAUUGGGCUCGUGACUGCAAAGCUGGUGACUGGAAAAAUAGGUGCUAUCGUUGUGGAGAUAGUGGCCAUAUAGAAAGGGAUUGCCAGAACAGCCCCAAGGACCUUAAGCGUGGAAAAAGUUACUCAAGAUCCCCAUCCCCUCGCCGUGGAAGGGUUCGUGAUAGGAGCUACAGCAGGAGCCGCAGUAGGAGCUACAGCCGCUCUGUUUCUCCAAGGAGGGAUGAAAGGCGAUCUAGGAGCCCUCGUGACAGUCGCAGCCCAAGGAGGAGCCCCUGCCGCGACAGUCUCAGUCCCAGGAAGAGCCCUCGUGACAGUCGCAGCCCAAGGAGGAGCCCAUCACCUGCCAAGGGGAGAUCUAGGAGCCCCACCCCUAAUGGCAGCAGGAGCCCUGCACCAAGGGAGAACAGCAGGAGCCCGAUGAGGGCCGACAGCCGUAGCCCAGUUGACCGUGAGCGCCGUGACAUCAGUCCAGCUGCAAAUGGUCGCAGCCCAAGCCCAAGGGAUGACGAAGGCAAUGGAAAUGGCCAUGCUUCUCCCAGUGGAAGUGGUUAACCUGCUGGGGGGGGUUAUUUGAUGGAUCAAAUUCUUCCUAUGCCCAUGAAGCUUCCCAAACAUGUUGAACCAAAGACUGUAUUUGUAUGAGUUUAAGUUUAAUGUGUACUGUGCUUUGGUAUUGUUACUCCAGGACGGUAGAACAUAAUGUCUAUUUGUUGUACUAUAAGUGCACACCGAAUCAUUUUGCUUCUCUGUAUUCUAUCAAAUAAUCUUGUGCUUAGCUGAUUA